AGAACAGGCUGAAGCCAUCCACAUGGAUGAGGAGAUAAUUGGCGAUCGAAAAGAAAUCAUACCCAGCAAAGUUUCAGUGCGCAAAAAGGACUCGGUGAACGUCAAGGUUACCAAGUCGACCGCCCACCUCCUGGCAAAUCGCUUUGGGGGGAUUCCAGGAGUACCGGUUGGGGCUAAAUGGGAGAGUCGGUGUGUGUUUUUAUUCUCGUUUUAUAUUUGGCGCCAGCCGGAUUCAUUUAUUUGUGUCUUCGCAGCCAAGAUUGUUCUAAUGCUGGCGUCCACCGUCCUUUUAUGGCUGGUAUAUGUGGCACCAAAAAAACCGGCGCCUUUUCAAUCGUCGUUUCGUGUCACUACAAAGAUGACAAAGAUUCCGGCGAUACAAUCUACUAUACAGGUACAGGGGGUCGCAAGCGGUGGUCUGAUGGCUUUCCCCGGAAGCGUCUCCGGUUAGGCCCACAGGUUUUUGAUCAGCAAUGGUCGGAUCCAGGAAAUGAAGCACUUGUCAAAUCGCGUGACACAGGCAACCCCGUGCGUGUCGUCCGGAGCCAUAAAGCACUUUCCGAAUUUGCGCCUGCCGAAGGCUAUCGCUAUGAUGGAUGCCCCACCACUGAUACUCAAACUUCAAAGGCAUGGAAAGAGAAAAAUCCUCAAGGUCUGGAUAUCUGUCGCUAUAGGCUAGAGGUCAACCUCCCCUACUCCGUCGCUCGCUUGGAAAUGCCGAUCAUGAGCUAUCUCCCACCUCCGUAGCUACGUCAGAUACUGUCAUCUCGCCCUCGCGUACGUUGAUCGGCCGUAAGCGCAAGACUCAAUCAUCUGCACGCCAAGAUG